GAAGGAGUGUCUAGUAAAUACAACAAAGGCAAAUUUAUCGAUUAAAAUUGGUGGCGGCCAUUUAAAAUAGAGAAGGGAUUGUAAUUCAUAUCUCUUGAAUAGUAUAUUCUUAAUAUUCUUUGAUUUAUAUUAAUAAUAAUAAAAUAUAUCUAAAAAUUAAUAUUAAUUUUAAUAGCCUUUAUGCUUACCGUUUAUAACUUCACAUCUCCGCAAAAUACUUCAAUAGUGUUUAAUUUUUUAUAAAUAUAAAAAUUUAAUAUUACUCUAUUAAUGUAAUUAAAUUAAUUAUUAUAAAAUUAAAAAGCAGUAAAUUAACAGCAAUAUGGAAGAUACCGGUCAUUCAAUCUGGUAUGACUGUCCUCCAGAAAUACUCAUGAAAAUUUUCAAAUAUUUAGAUUAUAAUUCACUAAUAUCCUGUAUGUCUGUAAACAAAAACUGGAUGAGACUUUCAAAAUGUAUAGCUGAAGAUAUAGGAUACACAAAAAUAGCAGAAGAAGGCCUAUACAAGUAUGAUAACUUUAAAAAUAGGUUCAAAUUUGAAGAGGAUCCAUUGAAUAUCAUCUUAAACUCCCUGUUAUGGUUUAAAGUGAACUCUUGCUCUACACAAAAGGUUUAUGAGUAUGAUGUGGAUGAUGUUAAGACUAUAAGUGUAUAUGAAGAUUUUCUUAUAAUAUGUACAAAAAAAUGCUUGAAAUAUUACUCAGUUAUGGGUCAUGAUUGGAUAACAGGGAAUGAGCUACAGUGUAUUUACUUUGAAGAGACGGAAUAUUUUAUUGCAAUGUUGGUUCAUGAUAGUAAGAAGAAGAAAAUACAAAUAAUUUUAAUUGGUAAAAUAACUGGUAGUGAUGCGCACUUUAAUAUUAGUGAAGUGACUGAUAUUACAUCAAUAAUUGCGAGGACUGACAUUAGUUGCUUUCUGAUUGAAAAGGAUCAAGCAUUCUUUAUUUGUGAUAAAGGCAUUCUAUGGAAAUUGAUGUGGACUAAAAAUACUUGGGAAACUAAACUUGUAGCGCGAUAUUAUGGCAACUGUACUUCCCUAGUCACGUUGCAUUCGUAUCAGGAUCGCCUAUACGCACUUUGCCAUUGGGGUAGGGUGUUCUUUAUAGAUGUUGGGGCAUUAUAUUUCGAGAAACUGUGUCAUUUUAUUUUACCAAGUUAUGCAUCAAAAACUAUAACUCCUGUUUUCUUUCAUAAACACAGCCUCAUCGUUUCCGUACCGAGUGACAUGGAGUCGAAAUGUACUGUGUUAAAUGUAGACGACGAUGAACACGUGUUGCUGGAGAGGCCUGGAUUGACAUGUGUGAAGAUUCACUCGGAAGCGUUGCUUCUCGGAUAUGAAGAUGGAAAGGUUGAACUGUGUAUACAAAAGAAAAUGGUAAAGAACGGCCAACCAGAUAAAAUUUUGUAUUUGCGAGAUUUUGCUGCACCGGAAUGCGACGAUUUGUCAGUUGUAGGCCUGGAUGUUCACGAGACAGAAGCUUCCCAUCACUUAUUUAUAGCUACUCGGAAUAAAGUGUAUGACAUAUUGCUUACCUAUUAAUAGAUUUCGUUGAACGACAAGUUUAUAUUAUAUAACGCGGUCAUUACGUCGCAGUAACAAUAAAAACAUUAUUUAUUCGUAUAGGAUAUUAUUAGAAAUUUAUAUCUACUGCAAUUUUCUCUAUCGUUCAUUAUAUUUGCUUCAGUUGAGAAAUAGUGACAAAAACUCAUUAUAAUAUUUUUUUCAAUUCAAUCAUACAUAAAAACUAGACAAAAGAUGUUUUCUACUAUUUUUUGCUUUUUACUUGCAAGGAGUUUUAUGUAGCUAACGAUAUAACAAGUAUGUACUAGUUUGUAUAGACACUAGUAAUAAAGCGCGGCUUGGUCUACUUUUUUGAAAUGAAUGGCCUAUGGCCGUGAUUGAUCAUUCAUCUAGGUUUAGUCUUGAAAACUUAAUAAAUAUACAGACAGACAUUUCGCAUUUAUAAUAUA